AUGCGGUGGUUGGCUAUUCUUCUUAUGUUAACUGUUGUAUCGGCGAGACGAGAGGAAUGCCAAGAAGAAGAUUACAUCAGCGUACGCCCAUGCUAUGAUCCAACGCAUUUUUUUCGUCCGAGCUUCACUUCCCUGGGUUACUCUCAAAAACACUUUUCCCUGCUGAAGUUAUUAAUAGUGCAUUUUCCCGCGUUCGUACAAUUCCUAAGCGCUGAUGACGUCAUCGAACGGAUAGCGCGCAGCUACGAGGAGGAUGCAGGUCCAAAGCACGAGAAACCUCGACCACUACGAUUCGGACGGUGA